AUCGUCAAAUUUCAGGUUAAACGAAUGAGUAACAGAACGUAUGCCGAUAAUCUGUUUCCACAACAGGUCGCGGAGCAGCAUGAGGAACAGAUGUCUUCUGGUUCUUCGCCCAAAAGUAAUUCUCCCAGCAGAAGUAUAAGCUCUGUUGAGGCAGCGAACUCUAGAAUACACAUCGGAUGGAUGGCCACAACCUUGGACGUUGCCGAGAAUCUAGACCGUCAUGUUGCUACUUUCUGUACACGACUGGGAGAGUUCAAGUAUAACUUUGUCGUCUACCCGAUUGGAGGGGUCGUUCGCGCAUUCUGGACGCCUAAUGGAAGCGCGGAGAAUCAUCCACCUGUUAUUGAUUUGCCCGAUGUUCAGCUGAGAAAUGAUCUCUGGGAAAGCUAUGUUGUAGGAAAAAUUUCUCCAUGGAUCGACUGUGACUCUUCUGAUCCAGCCUUUGCCUCGCUUUCCGAGGAACAUCUUCUGAAAGAGCUCAGCUACAUUUGUUAUUUGGGUCUUCAAACGAUGGCAAUCGAGCUCACACGCAUCUCGUCGCCUCGUACUGCUGCCAUUUUGAAAAAAUGGAUUUGGACUAGAAAUUCGCGUUUUACUGUUUGGGUUCAACUUCCGUCUGCAAUUGAAAAGUGCAAAGAUUAUGACGCUUUCACAAUAGAACAUGUUGAUUUAUGGACAAUUUGGGCCGAUUUCCGGAAGAAUUGUGGUAAUUUCAGUGGUGUUUAUUUCCAAGUGGCUUUGACGAUCUCUUCGGAACUUCCCGAUGAGCUUACUGAGCUUAAACUUGUGGACCGUUGGAAGGCCGAGCCCCUAGCAGCUUUUGUUAUCGAAUCGGGUCUUUUUAUUUCUGGAAGAAAUGGAGAAGCAUCAAUUCCAAGUGCCCACAUAAAUUUAUUAAAACAUCUAUGGACAACUGAUGCACUUCGGAUCGUUCUUCGUGCCACAACGGAUACAUUCAAGUACAAUACUUCUAUCAAAUCCGAGUAUUCUCAAGCUCUUCGUCAUGCAGUUCGAAAUGUUAAUUACCGAAGUCGUCCUGAUGUUGGAGAAGGAUCGAAUGACUCCACUCAUUAUCUUAAUGUUAUCGAAUACAAAGAUGUUUUGCAAGCACCUCUUCAACCAUUGUCUGAAAAUUUGGAUUCAGGAGUUUAUAAUACAUUCGAGCAGGAUCAAAUUAAAUACGACGUGUAUGGAGAAGCUGUAGUUGGAGCAUUAAAAGAUCUUGGAGCUGACGGAAGAAAAACUGUUGUCAUUUACUUGUUGGGAGGAGGACGUGGUCCUAUUGGAACGAAAAUUCUGAAAUCUGAAAGAGAAUACAACAACACAUUCCGACAAGGCCAAGAAAGUCUCAAAGUGAAGCUUUAUAUUGUUGAAAAGAAUCCAAAUGCAAUCGUCACUCUGAAAUAUAUGAAUGUGAGAACAUGGAAACGACGAGUAACGAUUAUUGAAAGUGAUAUGCGAAGUCUGCCGGGAAUUGCGAAAGAUCGUGGAUUCGAACAACCUGACAUAAUUGUUUCGGAACUUCUUGGAAGUUUUGGAGAUAACGAGUUGAGUCCUGAAUGUCUAGAUGGUGUCACUGGAUUUUUGAAGCCAACAACAAUUUCAAUUCCACAGAAGUACACUAGCUAUGUGAAGCCAAUAAUGAGUACUCAUAUUCAUCAAACAAUUAAAGCUCAAAGUAUUCCUUAUUUGAGUCGUGCAAUUCCAUCGCAUGGUAGAGGUGAACCGGAAUUGGAUGAAGACGAAAUGUGGAUUCAAAAAUACCCACAAGGACAUGUUCGUAACAAUAUGGAUCAAAUCUACGUUGUAUAUCUUUCAAAAUACAUUCCACUUGCCGAAACCACCAAACCAGUAUUCACAUUUGAACAUCCAAAUUUCAUGAAUUCAAGCAAUGAGAGAAGCGAUUCUAUUGAAUUUGUUAUGGAUAGAAAUGCAGAUCUGAUGGGAUUCGCCGGCUACUUUGAUCUUCAACUCUACAAAACCGUGAUGCUUUCAAUUGAACCAUCAACUCAUACACCUGGAAUGGUCAGUUGGUUCCCAGCUGUUAUUCCACUUAGAGAUCAAUUGAGAGUUGGAGAAGGUGACAGAAUUUCUCUGAAAAUCGAUCGAAAAGUUGACAAUACUGGUGUGUGGUACGAAUGGCAUGUUGAAAAAAAGAAAACCAAUGGCGAAUCUGUGAGCACCCCGAUCCAGAAUCCAAAUGGAGAGAGCUAUUACAUGAGAAUGUAGUGCCUAGUUUUUCGCUUUUAUAAUUAUUAUUUUCCUGUUUUAAUCCUAAUUGUUGAUGUGUUAUUCACUUUUGCGCCCCUAUUGAAUUUCCCAAUCAUUCCUAGAAUUUUUUCCGUUGGUUUUCCCAUUUCCUGUUGCCCAUUUUCCGGUUCAUUAAUUUGAAGAUUCUUUUUUGCUCCGGUAUCUAUCGCGAUUCGAUUGUUGCUCCUUUUAAUUCGAUAUUAAUUGUUUAAAAAUUCAGUUUUUAAGUUUCCGUUAAUUUUCCGAAUUAAAGAGCUUGUUUUAUUCU